AUGAAGAUUACAGACUUUUGUGUAAUAGUCAAUAAACUACAAAUCAAGUUAAAAACUAGAAUGACGACCAUCGUGCCAGGCAGCCAUCGUGCCAGCCUCGCCGCCGGCCACCCGCCCAUCGCCCACCGUCGGCCGGGGUCUGACCGUGAUCGGAUUCCAGCCACGAUCACGUCGGAUUCCGGCCGCGAUCAAUCCAUAUGCCAGGCGGCCAUCGUGCCAGCCUCGCCGCUGGCCACCCGCCCAUCGCCCACCGCCGCCCACCCGCCCACCGCCGGCGCGGUCGCGUUCGAAUUCCGGCGCGGUCGCGUCCAAAACAAUUGGUUCUCGCCGAAACAAUUGGUUCUCGCUGCUCACUGUGCUCACCGCGCCUCCUCGCGCGCCCGCCACACGCCCUACCACCGGCCAUCUGCCCACCGCCGGCGGCCUCCGGCCGCCUGGAGCCACCCAUACUAUAGACCAGAAGGCAGCCAUCGUGCCAGCCUCGCCGCCGGCCACCCGCCCACCGCCGCCCACCCGCCCACUGCCGACGGGGGUCUGACCGUGAUCGGAUUCCAGCCACGAUCACGUCGGAUUCCGGCCGCGAUCAAUCCAUAUGCCAAGCGGCCAUCGUGCCAGCCUCGCCGCUGGCCACCCGCCCAUCGCCCACCGCCGCCCACCCGCCCACCGCCGGCGCGGUCGCGUUCGAAUUCCGGCGCGGUCGCGUCCAAAACAAUUGGUUCUCACCGAAACAAUUGGUUCUCGCUGCUCACUGUGCUCACCGCGCCUCCUCGCGCGCCCGCCACACGCCCUACCACCGGCCAUCUGCCCACCGCCGGUGGCCUCCGGCCGCCUGGAGCCACCCAUACUAUAGACCAGAAGGUGAACCCGUCGGGGAUAGCGUCCGGAAUCCGACCGCUAUCGCGACGUACUAGACGCUCGCGACUGGACGUGAUCGCGCCAGAUUCCGGCGUGAUCGCGGACGGAAUCUGGCGCGAUCACGUCCAGUCGCGAUCGCGUCCGGAAUCCGGCCACGAUCUCGCCGGAAUCCAACCGCGAUCUCGUCCAGUCGGCACGAUCGCGUCCAGUCGGCAGCGUCCAGUCCGAAAUCCGGCACGAUCGCGUCCAGUCGGCGCGACGACCAUCGUGCCAGGUAGCCAUCGUGCCAGCCUCGCCGCCGGCCACCCGCCCACCGCCGCCCACUGCCGGCCGGGGUCUGACCGUGAUCGGAUUCCAGCCGCGAUCACGUCGGAUUCCGGCCGCGAUCAAUCCAUAUGCCAGGCGGCCAUCGUGCCAGCCUCGCCGCUGGCCACCCGCCCAUCGCCCACCGCCGCCCACCCGCCCACCGAAACAAUUGGUUCUCGCUGCUCACUGUGCUCACUGCGCCUCCUCGCGCGCCCGCCACACGCCCUACCACCGGCCAUCUGCCCACCGCUGGCAGCCUCCGGCCGCCUGGAGCCACCCAUACUAUAG